AUGCAGAACACGUCAUUCUUGCAAAAGGUUGGCCUGAGUGAAUUCCACCACCGUGACGGCCUCGGUGUGUCCAUGUCACUCUUCUCCAUGGUGACAUUCAUUCAUUCACAUCGGAGCAGUGACGCGUUCCGCCCACACAAACAGGAACAUCCUCGUCACCUUCAGAAGCACUACCGAGUCUGCUCGCUCUUGAUGCCAUGCGCAACCACCUCCCAAAGCUGCACAACGGCAGGUUGUGCGCGUGCCGGUGGUUUGGCGAAGAGCGAAUGGGUCGUGAAGGGAAGGUUGGAUAUGACCCGUCGUGCAAGCAGGCAGAGGAAGAGUUCAACAUACACACGCACGGAGCUGACGCUGGAGACCAAGUUUGGGCUCAUCGUGGAAGGACUUGGCUACCACUCCUUCAGAUCAUGGCUGCGGGCGCCAUCCCCGUCAUUGUCGUCGAUCACUACGUGCUGCCCUACCAGGGCCUGCUGGACUGGGAGACGUUCAGCAUCCGCAUUCCCCGAACACAGGCUCCUCGAGCUUCCGAGGAUAAUGCGGUCGAUCCCUGAUAAGAUGGUGGAGAUGAUGCAGAGACGCGUUGUGUUUGUGUUUGAGGGGUUCUUCAAGUCCCUCCACCCAACACUGGAGUCUGCCAGGAUCAACCUGUUCAGCGGCGACAACGCGUGGCAGACGGCCAAGGACAAUGCCCCCAUGUGA